AUGGCCGCCGUCGUAGAGGAUUACUUGGAAAGUCCCAUGGAUCAGGACGACGUCUUCCCUUGCAAAGGCUGUGGAGAGAUCCUGGAAGAGGGCAAAGCGUUCGAACUUGCCGGAAAUCGAUGGCAUCUGAACUGCUUCCGCUGCAACACUUGCGGCACCCUCCUCGACUCCGAUGCGAACCUGUUGCUCCUCGGCGAUGGCUCGCUUAUCUGCAACAACUGCACUUAUAGCUGCAGUGCCUGCAACAACAAGAUUGAAGACCUCGCUAUCCUUACUGGCGACCAGGCCUUCUGCGCAACAUGUUUCCGCUGUCGCAACUGCAAGCGUAAGAUCGAGAACUUGCGAUACGCGCGGACGUCACAAGGCAUCUUCUGCAUGAGCUGUCAUGAGUCGCUUAUGGCACGGCGGAGGAAAAAAUCAAAGGCGGCAGCCCAGGCCAAGUCGAAGGAGAAGGACGGAUCUCCUAUGAUCACGGACAAAUCGCUACCCGCUCUUCCACCCAACGCCAUACCCCCAAAUGCCUUUCACGAUACUAGGGUUGACCCCGACUCCGACAAGGAGACACCGACUGAGUUGUCUCCCAGACCGCGUCCCGCCUACAGUAGGAACGACUCGUCGUCCAAGAACGGCGGCCGACCUUCGCGCUCCCCUGAGCGUGUUUCUGAGUCGAAGGACAAUGGUUUGGGUUUGCCCUCGUCGAACUACCGCAAUAACCGUAAUUCGACUAUGUACGCCCCGAGUGGCAGCAAUAAUAACGUCGAUACCAACGGCGGUGGUGACGACGGCUUUUUCAUCCCCGUUGCCCUGGAUCAUACGCCGGCUUCAAACGCAACCCCACGUUCAACCUCGGAGAACACGUCGAACGCGUCCAAGAAGCAAGACAAAGAGUACUUCAGCCUCCCUCGGGCCAGCACGGACAGGAAGGGCGACUCCCAAUCCUCGACGCCCCAUAUUGCGUUCCAAGAAAAGGGUCGACAACCUUCGUCCGACUACGAGUCUGGGCCUGUCAAGCUGCCUCUGCGCAAGACGUCUAAAUCGUCGAGAAACGACAACCGGUCGUCAGUCAUGAACGACGAGAAGACGCAGAAAGUAACCUCUGGCAAACUCUCGCCCGCAAUUGAUGAAUUUAAGCUGCAGGACGCGCCGAAGAGCAAAAAGCUCAUCAGCCCGAGGAGCGCCUCUCACUCGGCCGCCAUGACCCCUGAUAGUGGCAGCGCCAAGAGCAGCGAAGGUGUUCUGCGCAAAGAUAAUGAGCCAUUCCCGAGCUUGCCUUCGUCCGAUUCGCCUCCCCGCAGGGGCAGUGGUACAGCUCGAUCGUCCCAGGAUUCGAGACAGCGCGAAGAGGGCGAAGUGCGUCCCUCAAUGGACUCCAUCUCUUCCUCGCGAACAGACACGACGGCUGGCAAGUCAAUCCCCCGAAAGGAGCUGCCAUCCACACGCAGUGUGAACGGCAAGCCUGGAGGCUCUUUGAGUCGAUCCGCUACGCACGAUGAGACAAGCUCACCGGGACUCUCCGCUGCGCGCCCAAACAUGACUGAGCACAAACUGAGCGAUACUUACAUGCAGCCUCGAGCACCUCCGCAACCGCCCGGCGUGUCCGCGAAUACUCCCAAACCUCCCGCAAAGGACGCAAAGGACCAGACGAACGUCAAUGAGGAAGGGAAGGUCUCACCGAAGCUACCCAGAUGGAGCGCGGGUGGCGAUUUCAGUAUGGAUGAGGACAUGGCCAGGAUCCUCGGCACUGACGAAGGUUCAUCAUCCAUCCUUCGCCGUGUGUCAAAUGCUGUUCGUCACGGACGCACCAACAGCACUGAAGGCGGCCAUCCUCAGCUUCCCCAGCAUCCUCACAGAGUGACUGGCCAUACGCGCAGUAUUAGCGAAACCACACGCGGCACAGCCUCACCUCGUUGGCCCAAGACGCCCAUCGCCGAGGAUCCCAACGGGCACGAGAUCAGUAGCCCCAUUUCCCUCCACUCGAGCGACGACCCAGCGUUUCUCAAGCGGCAGCUGCGUAGCUCAGAGAAUCGUGUAGCGGAACUAGAGAGACAGUUCACCACGGAGAAGGACCUGAAGCGGCUGAACAAGACGCUUAUUGAGAAGCGCAAGACAGUCUCGGUACUGGACACACAGACUGAGAUUAUGAUUCGUCAGCUCGAGGUCUUAGCCGGAUACGUCGAACGCGCGAAGGAGACAAAGACGCCUGUCGACCCGCGCGACCUGGAAGAUUCCGCCAUCAAGGAGUUUGUGCAGAAGCUUGACAAGGUCAAGCAGGCGAUGAGCGCAGCGAUCGAGCAACUCCACGCCGAGCGCGACGACCUGGUUGACGAGAAGAACCAAGCGAUCGCUGACAGGGACCGCGCCCUCUUGGAGUUUGAGCAGCUCUCGUCCAAAAACGCACAGCUCGCCGACAUGAACAACGACCUGACCCAUCAGAUCCAGGAGCGGUUCAAAUCCCAGAUUGGCGGUGACCUCAAGUCGCCGAACGGGCUAGGCAUCUACAGCCAGAGUAAGGUUUUCUCGUCGUCCCAGCUGAACCUGGUUGAUUCCGCCAGCAUGACGACGACUCUCGUUCAUGAGACGGAUGAGCCGGUGGUUGAGGCCAGGCCGACCGUGGUUGACAUUAGGAAGGGCCAAGUUAAGAAGUUCAAUUGGAAGAAGGGCUCAAAGGGCUUGGCGCAGAACGUGGCCAAGGGUGUCAACCGUGCUGUCGUCGCAUUCCAGCAGGAGCGCGAGCGCGGCCCACACCAGGGCUUGACUGGCGACAACAUCGGCCUGCCGUACAACAUGACCGUUUCUCAAGUGGAAGCGCCUGUUGCCCCGGCCCCUGCGACUGCGCAGAAGGGCGCUCAGCAAGCAGCUGAUCGCCAGGGCUUCGGAUUCUUCAAGAAGGGCAACAACCAGAAGUCCAUGUCCACGACCAACGUUUCAACGCCCACCAUCGCAGAGGCGCCCACUAUCUUGUUUGGCUCCGAUCUAACCGAGAGAGCCGACUACGAGCGCCGCACCAUUCCCAGCGUAGUGACGCGUUGCAUUGAAGAGGUCGAGCUCCGUGGUAUGGAUAUUGAGGGCAUCUACCGAAAGACAGGCGGCAAUUCGCAGGUGAAGAUGAUACAGGAAGGAUUCGACAAGAGCGAGGAUUACGACAUUUCAGACCCAGGCCUUGACAUCACCGCGGUGACGAGCGUGCUCAAGCAAUACUUCAGAAAGCUCCCGAUGCCCCUGCUGACAUAUGAGGUGUACGACAGAGUUUUGGAGUCCAAUGCUCUCGCCGACCAGACCGAACGGUGCGACCAUCUUCGCAAGGUGUUUAGCACGAUGCCCCAGCGACACCGUGAUUGCCUCGAGUUUCUUAUGUUCCAUCUUGCGCGGGUGGCACAGCGAGAGCCUGAGAACUUGAUGUCGCCCAAGAACUUGGCGGUUGUUUUCGCUCCGACCAUCAUGCGUGACACCAGCCUGGAGCGAGAGAUGACCGACAUGCACGCCAAGAACCUGGCUGUGCAGUUCGUUAUCGAAAACAGUCAUACCAUCUUUACCGACUGA